CAGCUAUGUAUUCAAUGCGGACACGGUGUCAACACGCGGUGAAGCGAGUCCUUCUUGCACUGCGGACCUGGCAUGUUCAGACUGAACAAGUAGCGUCGCGAGCAAUUUUGUAUUAUCUGGAUCCUCUUCAAAGUCCCCUGCUUAGUACACGGACACGAAUAGACAAAUGGAUGAACUCACCGUCGCGUAUGUCCUCCUUUAAGCUACCGUUCACAACGGGACACUGACUACAUGAACUACAGCGUAAUGGGUGCCCUCGGUACAGGGAAAUCAACGUUCAUCAAUCUCGUCAGCGGGUCAAACUUCCAAGUCGGACCAGGCUCAAGCACCACCCAGGUCCAAAGCUCCCAGCCAUUCGACGUAGGCGGUCGGCGUAUAGUCCUGAUUGACACGCCGGGCUUCGAUGACACCACUCGGACGGAUACUGAUAUCCUACGAAUGAUCGCAACAUACUUAGAAAACACAUACAAUGACAACAAGAAACUCAGCGGAUUGAUCUACAUGCAUCGAAUUUCAGACCGGAGGACGAGCGGAGUUUCCCGUCGCAGCUUCAGCAUGUUUCGCAAACUCUGUGGCGACGACACUCUCAGUAGUGUCAUCAUCGUCACGAACAUGUGGGGUGAGAUUCGAGAAGAGGUCGGCGUGCAACGUGAACGUGAACUGGCGACGGAAGACAUCCUAUUCAAGCCUGUGCUUGACAAAGACGCCAAGAUGAUGCGCCACUACAAUACGUUGGAAUCGGCUCGGGCCAUUAUGCAGCAGUUUGUGAACAAGGAGAUAGUGAUGUUGAAGAUCCAAGAAGAGAUGGUUACGGAAGGGGAGCACGAUAUUCAGUCGACGGCGGCUAGUGCGGAACUGGAGGAUGAGCUUGAAGAUCAAGGAAGAGCUGACGUUAAGAUUGCAGGCAUUAAGUUCGCUCGACCUGGACCGGCGACGAGGCCUGCUACAUCAUGAAGAUGUAAAUUACGCUACCUUUGCCAAUGAAUCGGUUACUUCUGUC